AUGGAGGUCGUCAUCGAGGAAGAAGAGCCAUCUCAACGAAGGCUCCCCGAGUUUGACGCCGGCUUUCACGAUACGCUAUCGCCUUGCUACUUCCACCACGUCAUCGAUCCCACCGCCGCCACCCUCCGAGUGGAAGUUCUCGGUCCAAACCUCGCGUACACGUUCCGACACGAUCGUGCAAAAGAACUGCGCCUCGCCUCCUCCAACAUCACCGCGCGAUUAGAGGCAAAAGUGACGGGCUUCCUCGCCCUCAAGACCGGCAACGGCCAGCAGCGGGUCGUCUUGGCUUGGGCACAGAGCGGGCAUGGCGUUGGGAGCAAAGGCGAUCUUCUGGAUGCUGAUCCGAACGUGCUUCCCAACGAUCUCUGGACCAAGAGGGCGAUUUCCAUAGGCCGCGCUCUCGCUCUGCGAAUGCGCCGGCCCUACGACGGGAGACUCUUGCAGACGACGGGCAUCAGGAUGGAGGGCGUCUACCUAGGCAGCCACGUCGAAGUGAAGCUCGCCUCCUACGCCAUCUCCAUCCUGCUGACCAGAUUCGGCAUCACGCAGGACUUGGACAACAUCUCGCUCAGGGACCUCACGGCGCUGCGCGAGGCGUCGUGGAAGGACGGCUCGAAGCCUUCGUUUGAGAUUUACUUUUCGCGCAAGAACUGCAACUUUUGCGGCAAGUUUAGAGAGCGGUUGGUGAAGAAGGUGUAUGAGAAGAAGGACUUGCCCAAGAGAGACCGCCAGCGGCAGCGUCAGCCGCAGGAGGUGAUUCAGAUUGACAUUGCUGAUGCCGAGACCGCCAUCAUUACGGACGACGUCUGUAUUAUCGAGACCAUUGAUCUUUCUGAUGAUCUUCCCACUCUUGCCGAACUCGUCAACCUCACCCGCGGGGAUACUCACGAUGCUACCAACAACAACAACAACAACAUCAUCAUCACCAACUCCAGCAACACAAGCACAAUCGACCUUGUCACCACAGAACAAGAGCUCCCCACACGCGCCGUGACGGACACCUUCAUCGAGGGCCUGGCAUAUUGUGUCGGCCAAAUCGACGAGUGUCCCGCCGGCGCGCGCGACGCCAUCGUGAGGCUCGCCGCCCACAACAGGCGGCGGGAGAACAUCAACAAGCCCCUUCCUGCCACGCCGCAGAUGGCGCCCCCCGGAUAUCACUCCGCCGCUUCUUCGCCGGAGCCCGCAGACGACCACCAACAGGGUGCACCGCUGAACGAAGCUGCGGUUGUGAAUGGAGGGAACUUGCUUACGCCGCCGAACGAAGCUGCGGUUGUGAAUGCCGGAAACCUGCUCACUCCGCCGUCGAGCGGCCGAAGGGCACGAGUCUCGGUAUCGCCUCCAGAAAGCACGAGGAAAUCGUACAACCUUCGCUCGCAAACUACCACUCCGCGGGCGCUGCAACAACAACAACCCAUCACACCAAGCCGACCACCGAGAGAAAACCGCCCCGUGCUGCUGCCUCCGCCGCCGCCGCGCAAGAGUUCUAUUAUCAACAAGGACACGACGGCGGUGAAGAAAGAGGCGAGGGAGGCCAGGCUGGCGAGCCUCAGGCCCAACGCUGGGUAUCGUCGGACGAGGAGGGUUUCGUUUUGCGUUGCGAUUCCUGCUGCGCCUCGGCGGCGCUCUGAGUCUCCUGAUCCGUUCUGA